GCAAAAUUUCUUAUCACGGUCAUAUUCUUCUUAAUUGUGUUCAUACAAAGUACGAUUCGUAACGCGUGGAAAAUGGACAAAUUUACUUAAACUUUUUGAUUUAUUUAGCGUGAAAUCGAUGCUUAGUGUGAAGGUGUAGAGACGGAAACAUAAUCGAGAAGACGGUGAAGGAAGCGGAAUGAAAGAGUGACUGGAAAUUUAACGUUGUCGUUACUUUCAAAGAUGAGAGCAUUGGAUACAAUUAUGAAUUCAACUUGCGCCUAUUGUACACUCGAACCGCCCCCUGACAUCCUUCACAUACCGCCGCCACCAUUCCCGGCCAUUCUUCAGCAAGGCUCCGAAUUUUAUCCGAGCUCUGACAUCCUGCCAUUCCCACCGUAUUUAAAUGACAGUCCCUGUAAGCAUUUCUGCGACCGUCGCUCCGAGGGAGUCCAAUACAUAGAAAUGCCUCAACAAGGGACUGUUUUUGACGAUACGUGGCUCUUGAUUUUAAUAUCGUCAUGCGUCGGUGUCAUUUUUAUUGGCAUAGUGCUUGCGACGUUGCUUCUAAAAUGCAAAUUCAAUAGAAACGGGAAAGGCGGGGUGAUUUCCAUGCCGAAUGCGACCUCCAGCAUGCAAACAAAGAAUGGCAGACUCCAAAACGAGGCGGUGCUCUAUCCUUGCGCGGCGGACACCAUGCAGGACAGUCGAGUCAUGUGGGCCACCCUUACUCCACGCGGGACGACAAGGCACUAUUUAGAGGAGCACACGUAUGAAACCAUCGGGGGUGGGCAGUUCCACAAACGUUCCUGUACGACCACACCAACCGAACAUGUAAAACUCAAGACAUAUGCCGAUCCACCAGUUAUUUCCCCGGUGCAAAAUCGUCCAAAGGAUGACAAAGCAUUUGAUAACACUGCUUUCGUAGAUUACGAAGAACCAUUAUCUAUUAAAACUGAAUAUUAUCAGCUCAAUGACGUUCUGGAACCGAAUGAAUCCGGAAUACUUACGAUUCAGAGAGGAACCCUUCGUCCACACGUAAGUUCUCCGACGAGAAUUGAGCAUCCGAAUCUACCCCCGUUGAAUCUUCAUCCGCAUAAACGCGCAUCUCGCAAGGGCUCCAGCACGCAGCACACCUCGGACACAUUGUUGAGAAGCAGCAUCACAUCGUCCACUUACAUACCUACCAUAUAAACGUGCUCAUAUAUAAAUAUAUAUAUAUAUAUAUAUAUAUAUAUAUAUAUAUAUCUUCUCUUUCUUGUCAUACAUUUCUUUCAGGAUUCCGCCUGAUAAGCUCGAGUUACGUCGUGCACCUUCUACAUCCUCGUUAAUAUCAUCGUAUCUAGUCAUUGUAAGCACAUGCUGACCGCCAAGUAAAAAAAGAAACGAUAUAAUCGUGAGAAAUAACUUCUUUUUUAUUGAUUGAUAUGACGAUAUUGUGAUUGUGAUUGUGUAGAAUGGUAGAUCGUAGACUUAAUAGAAUAAAUAAUAUACGUUACAUUUGCAUCUUACGAAAUAAAACAAUGCAUAGCAAAAGAUA